UGUGUUCCUGGCCAGGCCACGCCUUCCAGCAGUCUACGCUGACUGGGCGGCAAGGAAUGAGAGGAGCCAAUCAGAAACUCGGCACUCGGGGCUUGCUGGAAGGACGGACUCAGCUCUAGCAGCUCGCAGUCCACUUCCCUGGCGCUUAGGAGCGGGCCGCUAUCGCUACGUGGGACGUGGGAUUGUACGAAGCAGACGGGAUCUGUACCAUUCAUUCUAAGAUUUGGAGUCCUUUGUGCAUGAAGAAGAAAGGCCAAGACACAAUGGCGAGUGAAGCCAAUCAACAAACACAGUCCCUGGCCAAACCUGCUUUCACUGAGGCCCAAGCCUCCGCAUUGGUAGAAUCAAUAUUUGGAUUAAAAGUGUCAAAGAUCCAGCCACUUCCUAGCUAUGAUGACCAAAACUUUCACGUUCACAUCUCGAGAACCAAAGACACUGCAGAUGGCCCUGCUGAAUACGUCCUCAAAAUAAGCAACACUGAGACCAGCAAAAACCCAGACCUAAUUGAAGCACAAAAUCUUGUCAUCAUGUUUCUGAAGGCAGCUGGGUUUCCAACAGCAUCUGUGUGUCGCACUAAAGGGGACAACACGACCUCUCUGGUGUGCAUAGAUAACAGCUUGGAAACCAGAAGCCACCUGGUGAGGCUUCUGACGUUCCUCCCUGGAAGACCCGUAGCCCAGACGCCUGUCAGCCCCCAGCUCUUAUACGAAAUCGGGAGGCUGGCUGCCAAGUUGGAUAAGACACUGGAGACCUUCCAUCACCCGAAGUUAUUGAGCCUUCAUCGAGACGACUUCAUCUGGAAUCUGAAAAACAUUCCCCUUCUGGAGAAAUACCUGGAUGCUUUGGGCCAGAACCAAAACCGCGAGAUUGCCGAACAGGUCAUUCAGCUGUUCAAGAAGGAAGUGGUAACCAAGCUUAGUGAGUUUCGAGAAUGCAUCAAUCAUGGCGAUCUUAACGACUAUAACAUUUUAGUUCAGCCCAGCGAGUCAGCCUCUGGAGAUACUGUGCUCCAAGUGUCUGGAGUUUUAGACUUUGGUGACAUGAGCCAUGGCUGCUAUGUUUUUGAAGUGGCGAUCACCAUCAUGUACAUGAUGAUUGAAAGCAAAAACCCCCUACAAGUCGGAGGCCAUGUCCUGGCCGGGUUCGAAAGUGUCGACCCACUGACCGCCAUAGAGAGAGGUGCUUUGUUCCCUCUCGUGUGUGGUCGUUUCUGUCAGUCACUUGUCAUGGCUGCCUACUCUUGCCAGCUCUACCCAGAGAACAGAGAGUAUCUCAUGAUUACUGCAAAAACUGGGUGGAAACACUUACAGCAGAUGCUUGACCUGGGUCAGAAAGCAGUUGAGGAAAUCUGGUUUGAAACUGCCAGGUCCUAUGAGGCUGGGAGCGCCAUGUGACUGGGUAAGAGUUCA